UUUACUUUUCAGCAAUUUAUUCGUAAUACAGGAUUUAUAAUUACAACGAUUAUUUUAAAUUAUUAUUUACAAUGUUCAUUUGAAUCUUUCGAAAGUAAAAGAACAAUUUAUUCUUCAAAAUGAAACUCUUUAUAUUUAUCUGCACUGUGCUGCAACUCACAUAUGGCCAAAAGCAACAAUAUGCACCAAUGCAAUUUGCUGUUAAAGGCAAAGAAGUGAAAUUGCCCUGUGCAGUUCCUACUGAUGCAACCUUUUUGAAAUGGAGAUUCCAGAGGAACGGCACUGAUUUUAUAAUAGAUGCCGCUCAAGUUUUUCCAGGAUACAUUCCUAAAGUAUUUGGAUCUUUCGACACUCCAGCAGGUCGUUCUGAACUUGUUUCUGGAAAUUUCAUCAUUCAUGAUGUUAUAGUGAUGGACGAAGGCGAAUAUUGGUGUGAAAUAGCUACAGCAACUGCUCCGACAGCAUACAGUCGAAAAUACCCACUUCAUGUUUAUGUCACUCCUUUAGAUCCUCAAGUUACUGCUAUUGGUAAUAACACAUUAACAGAAUAUCAAAACACCACUGUUGCUAGGUGCUCAAGUCAGGCCGGGAAACCUGGUGCACGAUUAACUUGGAUGAAUGGAUCCCAGCCUAUGAGUAAAGAUAUGGAUAUAGUUUACAAGGAAAAUGCAUUUGAUAGCACCUUAUCUGAUGCAGCUCUUGACUUGGUUAUUACUAACCCUACAAGAUUUGACCAUAAUAGAUCUUUUCAAUGUGUUGUCGAUCAUCCUUCCUAUCAUAUAAGUGGCACUGGUAAUAAGAUACUCAGCUAUACAAUUUUUGUUAUGUAUCAUCCCAUCAACAUAAGGAUCUGGGCAAAUUUAACAUCUCUCCAUGUAUUUUGUGAAGCUGAAGGUUACCCUGCACCUUCCUAUUCAUGGAAAAUGCCUGGUGGAUUAUAUGGCUUCACAGGUCCAUCUCUCCUUAUUCAGGAUUUAUGGGAAUUACCAGGAUACGAUUACUUUGAAUGCACUGCCAAUAACGGUAUUCCACCCAAUGCAACUACAAGAGUGAAGGUUGAUGAUCUUCUAUAUCCAGACGGAAAACCUGGGUGGUUGGGUUUGGAUUGGUGGGUGUGGGGAGCAAUAUUUGGCGGAAUCGCUGCUUUUGUGCUAAUCAUUGUUGUUAUUGUUUGUUGUUUGAGACAUCGCAAAAAAGCAUCUGGUAAAGCACACACUGCAAAAUACACAAAACCACUCAAAAAGCCAAUUGUUGAAUCACAGGAUUAUGCACAUACACCUCCUUCAUCUCUUCAAGUAGACUUGAAUUACAGACGUCCAGAUGGAAGAGAGGAUAGUUUUGACUCACGAACUCCGAGUCCAGUGAAUGAACACAAACAAGCUCUUAUAGAUGGUGUUUUCAACAAAAGUAUGGAGAAUGUAACUUUGAUACCAAGUGGGAAUCUCAGACAUUCUAGAGAAAAUUUAUAUUCUGAUAACCGAAAAAGCAUGCAUGCUUCAAGAGAACAGUUAGAUCAGGUUGCAAGUCAUAUUCAAACAUUGAACAAAAGCUGGGACCAAUUAUCAAAAUCGAGACAACAAUUAAACGAUGCACAAGACGAGUUGCAAGAUGUAAGUUCCAAUUUGAGAAAAUCACGAGAACAACUUUAUCAUUCCCAAGAAAGACUGAAUGACACAGAUCAGAAUUAUCCAUAUAUAGAUGACAACACAACUCGAAGCAAUGAUUAUAAUCGAAGGUAUGAUGAUCAAGAUGGAGGAUAUGGACGACAGGAACCACAAGGAUAUGAUUACAGUGAUCAGGGAACGUAUGACCAACGUCAAGGAUAUGACGAAAACAGACAAGGAUAUGACGAUAGACAAGGGCAUGAUACAUAUCGAGAUGAUCAGGACAGAUAUCAAGAUAGAUAUUCUAGACACGAUAACUAUGAUAGUUACGAUCAAAAUCCUCCUCGUUAUGAUGAUUCUAGCUACGAUCGUUAUGAUGACCGACAAGAUUAUAAUAGAUAUGAAGAUGAUCGAUAUAGAAAAGAUGACCGCUAUCCACCUUCUCGAAUUGUGUGAUACCAAUUAUAAUGGUAACAGCCAGAACAGGGCAUCAGCAAUGCUCCGUAUUCAUACGCUUAAGGUGCUAAAGGUUCGAAAUGUUUUGUAGUCUUGUGUGGGAAAUGCAGUUUUUAUUUUGUUUUUAAUAAUAGUUCACAGUAGAAUGAUAUUUAGCAACUCCAAAAUUAUCUGGGGUUUGUUUUUUGAACUUCAGCUUUUCUAAUCUAAGGCUAACUUGUGGAAUAUGGAACAGUGAUCGAGUUGACGCUACGAAUAUUCUUCGAGUGAAUAUUUAUUUAAGAACAUUUCAAGUUUUAUCUUUUAUGACCGAACUAUGAAUUCAUCUCAGAUGACAGAGCCUAGGGCUGUCCAAAAUCGAAUAAUUUUUUGAUUCGAAUUGAAUCGAAUAUUUUUGCCGAAUCCAACUGAAUAAUCGAAUAUUAUUGCGCAAUCCAAAAUCUGUCUCUAUUAUACAAUAAACGCC